AUGCCCAUCACAUAUGGACCUCAACCGCUGCAAAGACUGAAUACAGAAACAAGACACGGGUUUGGAGACCAGUACUCUUCUGAGCAGCUUCUCGAGUCUCUGGAAAAUGAUUUCCUUUUUUACUUUGAUGACAAAAGACACAGGACCAACGGAAACCCAGUGUCGCGAGAGGAGAAGAAAAAGGACCUAGAACGGUAUUAUCAGCCAAUUAAAGACUGGAAAAUUCUAAAGGAGCGUCAAAAAACCGUCUCUGCCGCAUUGUUGUUGUGUCUAAAUCUCGGAGUGGACCCUCCGGAUAUCGCUAAAACGCACCCAUGUGCCCGACUUGAAUCCUGGGUCGACCCUCUGAACUUCCAGGAUUCCAAAAAGGCCAUUGAACAGAUAGGAAAAAAUUUGCAGACACAAUACGAAACGCUUUCGCUCAGAACGCGCUACAAACAAUCUCUCGAUCCGUGCGUUGAAGAUGUGAAACGUUUCUGUAAUUCACUGCGGCGCGCUUCUAAAGAUGAGCGCAUUCUGUUCCAUUAUAACGGUCAUGGUGUACCUCAACCUACUGCAUCAGGUGAAAUGUGGGUGUUCAAUCGAGGCUACACUCAGUACAUUCCAGUCUCAUUGUAUGAUCUUCAAACCUGGCUUGGCGCUCCUUGCAUUUAUGUAUACGAUUGCAACAGCGCUGGAAACAUUGUAACAAACUUUCAAAACUUUGUGCAAAAGAGAAUAAAAGAUGAUGAGGAAGGUAACCACGACACCGCUGCACCUUCACCAACCCAAGCCUAUGCGGAAUGUAUACAGCUGGCUUCCUGUAGAGCAAAUGAGUUACUGCCAAUGAAACCCGAGCUUCCUGCGGAUUUGUUUACCUGCUGCCUCACCUGUCCAAUUGAGAUAAGUGUUGAUAUUUUUCUUAUGAACUCUCCUCUACGAGAUUCGAAGUAUGCGGCUCUUUUUCAAAAUAAUGAUGAUAGAACGUUGCGAAAUGGGUCGAAACCAGCGGCAAAGCCUAACGUAACGAUUCCUGGUAAACUCUCUGAUAGAAGAACACCGCUAGGUGAACUCAAUUGGAUAUUCACAGCUAUAACUGAUACAAUAGCGUGGACCUCACUUCCGCGGCCGCUUUUCAAAAGGCUCUUCAGGCACGAUCUUAUGGUAGCAGCACUUUUCAGGAAUUUUUUAUUGGCAAAGAGGAUCAUGCCUUGGUUUAACUGUCACCCCGUGUCUGAUCCUGAGCUUCCUGAUUCCAUAGCCGAUCAUCCGAUGUGGAAGUCUUGGGAUCUGGCCAUCGACGAGGUGCUAAGCAAGCUUGCAAAUGAUAUCCAAGCCGUGCCCCAAAGCUCCACAGAGCUUGAGGUGCAGACUGUGUUACAAAAUCAGCACAUCAAUGGGAGUGAGGAUAAUAUAAUCUCGAAAGCAAACGCUGGCACGCUCAGUACAAUGUCACUGGUGAAUCAUCAUCUACCUAGUGCAACUCAGGUUUCGCAACACUUAGCUCAGCAACAGCACCUAACAGGUUCUCAGCUUCAACUACAGCAACAGCAGUUUACGGAUUUUUUUGAGCAAAACCUCACCGCAUUCGAGCUCUGGCUGAAGUAUGGGUCAAACACUAGAAACCCACCUGAACAACUCCCUAUUGUGUUACAAGUCUUGCUUUCUCAAGUUCAUCGCGUCAGGGCUUUGGUCCUCUUAUCUCGAUUUUUAGAUCUUGGUCCCUGGGCGGUAUACUUGUCAUUAUCCAUUGGUAUUUUUCCGUACGUUUUGAAACUCUUGCAAAGUCCUGCUCCCGAACUUAGACCAAUUCUCGUUUUCAUUUGGGCGCGUAUCAUGUCAAUCGAUUACAAAAACACACAGUCGGAACUCAUCAAAGAAAAGGGUUAUUUGUAUUUUGUUAAAAUGCUAGUUCCGGAGUGGGGAACGACUGCGGCUGGACCCGCACCUCAACUCCAGCGCGCUGCCAGUGGUGGUGGUGGUGGUGGUGGUGGUUUGACAAUGAAUGUCAAUGCAAGUUUAGGAACUCAACGGUACCAAAUGUAUCAAUCAUUGCAAAACGGGACUGUGAACGGCUCUGCGGCAUUAGCAAAUAAUACUACUGAUGAACAAAAGGCAAUGGCAAUAUUCGUUCUUUCUUCCUUUUUGCGAGACUUCCCCUUGGGACAAAAAUGUACAUUUUCUCUGGAGCUCGUCAAUAAGUUAUGCCUUUACGUUGAAACAUCUGAUGUACCAUUAUUACGACAAUGGUGUAUUCUUCUAACCGGCCAACUGUACUAUAAAAAUCCUGUAAACAAAUACAUCUGCCUGACCUGCGGAUUUUUGGAGAAAAUAUACACGUCUUUGAAAGACCCGAUACCAGAGGUUAGGUGUGCUGCACUUUUGGCAAUCAACAUGUUUCUUUCCGAAAAAGAUGAGCCUGAACUCGCUUUGCAGCUUCAAAACGAAAUGCAGCAGCAAAGCCAACAGUUGCAAGCCCAACUACAGUCAUUACAAUCUUCCGGCCAGAUGCAGAGACAGCACGCACAGGUAGAACGCCAGCUGCUUCAGAUCCAAGAAUUUCUUACUCAGUUGAGAAAUAUGGAUUCAAGGCGGCUCAAGCAAGAGGAAAUCAAAAUGACCAUUGGUGCUUUAGGGCUAGUGAACGAUGGGUCCCCUCUCGUGCGAAAGGAAUUGAUUAUAUGUCUUUCCCAUCUAGCUCAUCGCUACAUUAGUUUCUUCCUUGUUAUUGCCUUCCAAGAGAUAUGUGACGAAAUAGCACAGUUGGAACCGACAUGGGAGGGCUGUGGCCUAGACAGCAAGCAGUCUGUCGCUCAUGGAUCCAUCUUUUAUACGAUUUGGAAAUCCCUUCUGAUAUUGGCCGAAGAUCCGUAUGCGGAAAACAAGCAUCUCGCUCAAGAGGUCGUAGACUAUGUUCUUGUCAAACUAAGCGACAAUGAGCAGUUGGGUGAGGUCGUUGCUUUGAUGGAGCUAUAUCUAAUGGAUCAUACAGGAGGAGGUCUAGCUGCCUCGAAUACUGCCACCGCGAUGGUGUCGACGCUACCUGUUGCUAAGAGGCCAACGAGCCUCUCUGUGAAGGACAAGCCGCAAGAUAGUCAUGAAUUACAGAGUUCUGAAAAGAGCAAGACAAAAAGAAUAACAUCUUUAAGUGGUCUCUUUAAAUCUUUAGGAUGGGAAAGCAACACAAAUCACAACGCAGCUGAAACCCCGGCUAGGAGAACUUUUGAAAGGCUGAAAGGUUCAAACAUGUUGAGUGUGCCACAUGGGACAGCCCCUGUGGCUAUGACGCAAAGAGUGCGAAAACCGAGAAGUCGCCUCGAAAUUCCGCUCACAAGUUCCUUCUUAAAUUACUCCCGGGAAUAUUUUCAAGAGCCUCAGAUGAAAAAGCAAGAGGCUGAUGAGCCUGGUAGUGUUGAAUAUACCUCUCGACUGUGGCGAAAAAAUAGAAAUGAGACGAUCAUUCAAAGGACUCAAGCUCAAAAAAAGUUGUCAUUGUAUGGGGAUUGGUCCAACCUUUCGACGUCGUUGGAAAACAAGUCUCAGCCCAAAAUUUUGAAGUUCAGUCAAUUUGAGAACUACAUAGUAUCUGCUGACGACAGAGAUAAUAUUUCAGUCUUUGACUGGACCGAGGGCUCUAGACUGGCGACUUUCUCAAAUGGCAACCCCUUCGGGACUAAGAUCACAGACAUCAAGUAUCUGAACGAAGAUGACAUACCAUUGUUGCUCUCAGGUUCUUCUGAUGGAAUUGUCAAGAUAUAUAGCAAAUUCCACAGCCUAGACGAACUGGAGCUGGUGACGUCGUGGAGAGGUCUCACUGACUUGCUUUUGACACCAAGAUCCACAGGCUUGUUGACUGAGUGGCAACAAAGUAGAGGAUCCCUGCUAGUAACCGGGGAUGCCAAAAUUGUACGUGUUUGGGAUGCACUAACAGAAACUGUUGAAGUUGAUAUUCCUGCAAAGUCCUCCUCCCUCAUAACAUCCAUCACUUCUGAUCAGCUCUCUGGAAACAUAUUUGUAGCAGGGUUCUUAGAUGGGUCACUGAGGGCGUACGAUCGCCGUGCCGAUCCAAGAGAUUCGAUGGUGCACUUGUGGAGAUCGGACGAAGGCCAUUCGAAAGCUGGUAUAAACAACGUUCAUUUGCAAAGAGGCGGUUACAGAGAACUGGUUAGUGGCACAGAUAGAGGUCUUAUCGAACUUUGGGACUUAAGAAGCUCUCAUACAAUUGAUCGGUUUAAGGACGAAGGCGAGAACACAGGCUCAUCUGUAUCGCGGGUAACUACGAUGACCUCAAUGCAGGUCCACGAGCACGCACCAGUCAUAGCCACCGGAACUAAGCAAGUAAAAAUCUGGACCACAGCGGGUGAUCUGCUUUCUACUUUCAAGAAUUCACAGACACACGCGGGUGGCAUGGCUAACACGCUAACCACCGGAAUGAGUAGUUCGAGACUGCCCAAUUCUUUCGUUUCUACGAUGGCAUUCCAUCCGCAUGAGAUGAUGCUGGCUGCUACCAGCUCACACAGCUCAACGAUAAACGUCUACGAGUGUUUUGAUGCACGGUCAGACUACCUCUACUAUUGA